AUGUACCUCACCAAACAUAAAACUGAUUUUGAUGUGGAAUUCACUCCUGUUUUGUGGUCAUUGAAGCUGUGUGUGAUGAGAAGAGGCUGUUCCCAAAAGAAAUUCAUGAUUGUGAAUGAAAAGCAAGGCAACUUAGUGAGCAAGUAUGCGGUGAAGGCAAGAUAAAAAGAAAUAAGAAGCCAGCAAAGCUGGAAGAAAAAUAAACUUUCCCUUACAAAGAACGCAGAGAAACUGAGACACUGCAGUUGUGAAUGUUGAAGGAAAAGUUUAUUAACCACUUCAAACAUCCAGUCCAGCUUAGGUAAAUGCUGCCUUAAAAAAGCUGAGACCUGUACGAGACUUACGUUAACAGCGAGAAAGGCAAUAAGAGUCUUACAAAUGGCUGUAUGAAAAGCAACACCGAGAGGCGUGGGAUAUCAGGAAAGAAGAUGUUUAAAUGCUACAAAACGAUGCUUCAAAUAAGGUCCAGAACAGACAUCAGCUAUUGCUAAUGGCACAGUUACACUGUGGACACUGCUCUGCUCCAAUCACAACAAAAACAGGGCAGAAGGAUACAGACACCAGGCUUCAGGAUGAUAGACCCUCUUCUAUAUUCAGGUAUCCCCUACUGCUUCUGCCAGGGGAGUACAGUUCACACCAGCAUCACCUCAUGCAGCAGUGUGACAACAGCAGCCACACGUUGUUGUAGAAAAGCCUUUCCACUUAUUUUCUGGGGGGAGAGGGGAACAUGACAACACCGUGAAAACUUCAAAGUGUUUUGCGACCUUUUCUUGUUGGGAAAGAGAGAUACCUCAAAAUUUCCUGUAUAUCACGUUCCAUGUGCUCCUGGGGGAAGCCAACAAAUUUGACAGAAAAAAUUAUACUGGGAAUCAUGAACAUUAAAGACCUUGUAAUACUUCCAGACUCAAAAUCUUUAACCUCAGUGAGAUUCAAAGCAAAAACUGUCAGAGAACUGCAGUUGGAGAAAGUGAGGUUAGAAGCAGAAAACGGAGAGAUGGAGAAGAAAUUACGACAACUACAGUCAAAAAUGAGCAGAGAAAAAGAAGAGAGAAAGAAAUCACGUGCUUAUCAUUGGAAAUCUGGACAGGCAGGACCAAUGACCAUUCAAGCCCAAGCUUUAUCACAAAGCAAAAGAAACAAUAAUAAGGUAGCAUGUUUGCAGGUUUCUUCAGGAAAAGUGAAGUUGCAAAUACUCAAAGAACAGAUUCAAGUGAAAGAACCAUUUGAGCAUGAAAAAGCGAAUGCUAUAGCUCAUGAAAAAUCUGAAGCGAAGGGGAUAGCAUGUGGACUAUGUGAAACUAAGAAUGCGCUACUGACAGAAGCCAAUAUACAUGCAGGAAAAUUGCAAGCUGUUGAUCACUUCAUCAAGGACGUAAAUCUGAAUGAAUCAAAAAUUAAUCACAAGCAGAAGGAAGUAAAUAGCAAGCAUCGAGUCACCUCAGACAAGUUUUCAUCUCUCCUAGCUCCAGCAGGUGUUGCUGAGGAACUGUCCUCAGAAUCAACUUGUACAGGCCUUGAAAAUCAGGAGAAAGAGUUAUUACUAAAUGGUACAUUUAAUGAGGAAGAAUCUGCAAAGUCUUUUCAGGAAGUUUUACUUCAGUGGAGGAAAGGUAAUCAAGAACAACCGCAUGCCAAAGACGUCCUAUCAGAAUCUGUGGGAAUUUGUGAGGUACAGACCAAUCUUAAUGUUCCAAAGGAACCUAUCCAAAUUGAAUUCAAGAAGGAUGGCCUGAGCUACAUGGAGAAACUCUUGCUUAAGAAAUACAGAAGAACUCCUGUUGAUCAAAUUUCUGGUAGUUGCAAUAAAGAUUUAAGGCCUGUGCAAACACUGAGUGUACAUCAGGCUGGGAUUGGAGGAGAUGGAGAAGGAGAUGAUGGUGAUGAAGUCGAUGACUUAACAGCUGAAGAGGUGAAGAGACAUUGGGCAUCUGUUUUUGUAGAGGAAGAACCAAACGCUAUUUCUGAAAAUGUUGAGUCCUAUUUGAAGAUUGAAUUUCUUGAUGAUUCUUAUGGCAAGGAUUUGGAACUAUCAUCGGACUCUUUGUUGGUGGAAGCAGGGGUUAUGAGAAUGAAUCAGCAAAGGAAAACAGAACCAUUCAAGCAGUAUGGAAGAAAUCCUGUUUCUUCUAAAGAAGUACUUCAAGAAAAAAUGGUUGUCUGCAGUCCUGAAAGAAAUACAGUUCAGAAAGAGAGUGUGAAACAAAAGACUAUGAGAAGAUCACUUAGCUUCUGUGAACUGCCUGAGAAGAUUUCUAGUCCUACUGAACUAAUGAGCAAUAAAUAUCUCCCUGAGACACAACGACAGAAAACCAGUAAAGAUUUGCAAGAACUGGACAGUGUCUGCAAUAGCCAGAGUCUGGUUUUGCCUAUAAUUACAAAGUCUUCAGUGGUAAAAUAUUUAUCUUUGAUUGCUCAAUAAAUAAACUAUAUUGCCUAGUCUACUUUCCUAGUUUAGCUUAAGGCAAUGUACUAUGUUGCUGAAUCAGUUGAGAGGUAGUGAUAGUGUAUGGUUACCAUGAAAUAUUCUACCGCUUUUCCCCAUUCUCCUCCAGCUCCCCUCCUCACCACAAAGCAAUCAAGAGUACAGUUUUAAUCAGAGGAUUGUCACUGCCUACUAUAUUUCUUCUGUAGGAGAUGAAGGCUUCUGUACUUUCCAAUUUGUAGGCAAUCUUCUCUUGAUAUUCAAAAAGAAGCAAAAGAAAGAAUAGACUGGUCUUGGAUAAAAAAAAUGUGCAUCAGGGGAGAAGACAGCUCUUCCCAUGUUGGUAUCAAGGUCACUUCACCUCUUGGUUGAAUGACAAAAAAUAUAGAUACUUGUAACUAACCUCAGUUAUUCAAAUGUACUUUUGCUGAAUAUCAAAUUGAAAGCAAAAUCAUGGAGGAGGUUGGCAAAUUAGAUUUGGAGCCAUUGUUAAACAGUAUAACUUUAGUUGAUGUACACAAAGGUAAGUGAGAACAAACAAAUCAUCGAAGUUUUUUGGUUUUAAGGUUUUAACUCACCAUAGUCUAUGAUAUCUCUGUUAUAUUGCCUUGGAGACUAAGUGGAUGACUACAAACAGGGAUGUUCCCCAAAGUUCUAUCUGUCAUUAGUUUCUUACUCUGAUCUCGUAAUUAGUAAAGGUGGUGAGACACUGAGAUUAACUACAUGCUAUGUGACUGUAGUGGCUUCAGGAUUCAGAUGUUUGCAGUUGG